AUGCUGGAAAUUGCGGCCGCGCACGGGUCAUUGUGUGUUGUUCAGUACCUCUUCAAUGAGGCCUUCCGGGACAACCUCGAGCCAUACAACUGUCAGCGUGAGUUGCAGAAAGCACUUUCUCAAGGCCGCACUGGCGUUGCUACCUAUUUGAUCGAACACAAUUCAACACGGUGUAGUCUCGAGACACCGGAGACUAUGUUCUAUGAAGCUGUGCGCGGGGGAUGCCAAAGCCUCGUGAGCAUGCUGGUACCAACCAUCAGACAAACUGAAUCACGUCAAACUCUGCUUGAUCGGGCAUUGAUUGAGGCAUGUGCCAAUGAAAGGCUGGAAGUGGUUGGAUUGCUCAUUGGGCUGGGUGCAGAUGUGGAUGCGUUGGCAGAGACAUUGCUGGACUCAGAACAUACUCGGGCGCAAUGGAAGCAUCCCGACAUAUUUUCUAUCGGUGAUCAGCCUCGCUCAGCUCUGAUGCAAUGUACACUGGCCAUACCAAAGCACGACAAUGGUCUACGUAGGUCAUCAGAAACUUUGAUGCGCCAAAAGGUGGCACGUACAAACAGAGUCUUGAUCAAACAAGAGCCUAUCAUAAGGCUCUUGUUGGAGAAAGGCGCAAACCCGAACUUGGAAAAGGGGCUGAGCAGUGAGAUAUUAAACCAUAUUGUACUCAACGCAAGUGCAGCAACAGUUCGGGCGAUCAUCUCCGCCGGUGCAGACAUCAAUGCUGCCAAUCACAAAACCGGAACGCCUCUCCAAUGUGCUGCAUCGAGAGAAGUCGAGUCUUUUGUCAUCUUCCAAAUACUCCUGGGUGCUGGAGCGAAGUGCAGUGUAAGUAGAGGCGAGCAUGGAAUCUCAUGUAAGGAGUUAGAGUCGGCUCUCAACUUCUUUGUGCUUGACUUUUCUGAAUCGCACCACGGCCGUUUCUUUGAGUCGGAAUCUAUACACCAGGUGUUGUCCACUGGACCGGGAGCUGUGGUUAGGCAUUUGCUGCAGGACAUCCCUGAUCUCAAAGCCGACGACGAUCGGUUUAGUUUACUGAUGCAAAUGGCUGCCGCCGUUGGGGAUAUCGAAUAUGUCCGCUUGCUUCUUGAGAAGGGGGCAAACAUUCACUUCUAUGGACACUUCCUUGGAAGCGCCCUGCACGCUGCUUCGAUAUUCGGACAUACAGACUGCGUCCAGGCACUACUUCAUGUCGGAGCUGAUAUCAAUGUGUCCCAGCCAAUUCACGGGACACCCCUACAGGCUGCCAUUGCAGGAUCUCAAACAGAAGUUACUCGCAUACUAGUCUCCGCUGGUGCCAAUUUGAACGUGUUUGAACGACCAGGCAGCUCCAGUAAAGGGACCUUUGGGAUCAUUCCACUAGAAGCACCCUUGAUAGGGGCUCCUAGAAAGACAUAUAGCUUCGGCGAUGCCUGGGUGGCUUACGACAUCGUUCAGAUCCCACCAAUACUGUUAGCAGUCUUGAACAAUGAUUUGACGCUCGUGCGCUUUCUUUCGGAAGCAGGCGCCGAUGUGAAUGUGGUUGGCUCUUGUUAUAUGUCCUGCCUCAUUGCAGCUUCCGGUCUUAACAAUGUGGAAGUUGUCAAAUUUCUUAUUUCUCGGGGUGCAAAGAUCAAUGCAGACCAGAGUACGUUGCGAAAAGAAUCAGUUGCCAUGUCGAGAUUCGACAUGGAAGCAAGCGCGUUGCACAAGGCAUGCGCCGACGGACACCAUCAGAUGAUCUCUAUCCUUCUGGAACAGGGUGCCAAUAUGGAGCAAACUGGUGGAUCUACAGUCACACCGCUGGAGAUAGCUGCAAGAUUGGCUCAACUCGAGGUCAUAGACCUGCUUUUGAGGGCCGGGGCUGAAUUCUACGACCCAUCGAGGCAUUUGAAUGCAAUAUCGCAAGCCCGAGAGGGAAAGAAUGCCAAACGCACCCUUCUUUUUCUUCUCCAAAGGCUAACACCAACACCGUCCCUUAUACAGGCGUGUGAAGAUGCCAUGACCACUGGGAUAAGGGGUGGGGAUGAGGAUAUUCUUUUCUUCUUGAUCCAAAAUUCUCCAAAUACCCCAAAACUCCUGCGACAUGCAUGCUUACUCGGCUUGAUUGAUGCUGUAGACUUGAUACACCAGCGUGGAGUCGACAUUGACUGUGCUGUAGAAGCAGACGGAAGCUCUCUUCAUGUUGCAGCUUAUUACCAUCGAGCUGAUUUGGUGGCGCACCUUGUUAAGAAGGGAGCUUGCGCUGAUAAAGAUAGUGAUCGCUUCGGAACCCCCGUUCAAGCAGCGCUCGAGGGCUACAUGUCCCUUGGCCAGAUGCCGCGCAGUCUCGGACAACACGGUGAAUCUUUCCGGUCUAUGUUCCCCGAUUGUCUCGAUGAUUCGAAAGCUACUUGCAUCCCCGACUUUGACAGAAAGGCUUCGUGUGAGGCAAUUGUAACCACGCUUGUGAGCCACGGAGCGAGACUCGAGCCAGAAAUGAGGCCACUUGGACCUCCCCUGCAUCUUGCGGCCUAUAUUGGGAACGAUUUCCUUCUGGAGUACUUUUUGGAACACAACGCAGACAUCAACAUAUCUGGCGGCUACUUUGGUUCAGCACUAUUUGCUGCUGUUGAUCAAGAUCACCAGGAGAUACUCAGUAUCCUACUAAGUCACGGCGCAGAUGUCAACCUCAACACGCCCAGAUUUGGGACUGCUCUUCAUCUUGCCAGCGCUCAUGGUAGUGCAGCAGCAAUUGAGAAGCUCAUGGAGCACCGCGCAGAUCUCAAUUCCCUUCAAUCGGACGGCAAGUCUCCGUUGCAGACAUUGCUCACACGCCAAAGCUAUAACCCAUCGGAUCUAAAGGAGCACGUAUUUUGCUUUUCGCGAUACAGUGAAGGCUAUCAAGCCACCCUUGAAGAUAUCCAAUUAAUAUUGAGACUUUCUCCCAGGAAUCGCGGAACCACUACCCUCAAGCAAUUCCUUAAGAACAGCCCUACGCUCACAAUCACCGAUGACAUGAUAUUCGAAGCUACCGGAUGCGAGGACCCUUUCUCGAAUGAAGAGUUAACAUUGCUCCUUGAUCGAAGUGCCAGCAAGUUUGUCACUGCGGAGAUGUUGAAGUCGGUUCGGGACCAAAAAACCCUCCGGGUUCUUUUGCAGUAUCCUCGCAGGUGCGACUUGAAUUUUGAUAUUCGCACAGCUUUGGCUCAGAAAUGGCGAGGAAAAGACUUGGUACAGGCCUUGGUGGAAGCGGACCCUUCGCUCGGUUCAACUUAG